AUGACUGUAUUGGAUGGACUGGCAUCACUUCCGCAGGUGUCGUCGUACUCAUCACAAGCUGUUCAACGACUCCGUCAAGAGGCUGUUCAUAAGCUGCAAGCACUGGUACCGUUGAUCAGCGACAAUGAUCUUACCCUGUCGCAUGUUCCGGCGUACGAUGCUUCUACAUUCGUUCAGAUUGGCUCUUUCGCAAUACCCAAGGGACCGGUGCCCGUUAAAAACCAUACCUUCCAUCUUCAGGCUCCUACAACUCUUGACAAUGCUAUGAGAGUGGUCAGAGCUUCUCAGUUGCUAAAGCCCAUCCUGCUGGAAGGUAGCCCGGGAGUAGGGAAGACAAGUCUCGUCACUGCUUUGGCCAAUAUAUGCGGUUACAAGCUGUAUCGCAUCAAUUUCAGCGAUCAAAGCGACUUGAUAGACUUGUUCGGCUCAGACUUGCCUGUUGAAGGAGGUCGAUCGGGAGAAUUUGCAUGGAAAGACGCUGACUUCCUGAAGGCAAUGCAGGAAGGUUCCUGGGUCCUUCUGGAUGAGAUGAACUUGGCUCCUCAAGCGGUCUUGGAAGGUCUGAACGCUGUGUUGGACCAUCGAGGAACUGUGUAUAUACCCGAACUAGGCCGCUCCUUCUCUCGACAUCCUGGCUUUCGCAUUUUUGCCGCGCAGAAUCCUUUGCAUCAAGGAGGAGGAAGGAAGGGCUUGCCGAAGUCUUUCAUGAACAGAUUUACGAAGGUG